AGAACCUCGUUCACCAUGACAGUUAUACGACUCAAAAACUACACUUCCCUUCCGGAUUUCUGCUGCGAAUGUUGUUAACGGAUAACUUGUGGUUUUUGGCGAUCUUGCAACUGUGGAGGAGCUUGCAAACAACACUGUGCGCAAAACACCGAGCCUUGAUUGUUGCUGAUAGACAUGUCAGACACAUCGAGUGAUGCAGAGUCCUCCUGUGGCUGGACCAUCAUCAGUAAUGAGGGUUCAGAUAUAGAGACACUGGGAUCAGAGGCAGCAGCUGAAUAUGCCACUGAGCUGUCAGAGCAACCCAGUUUGGAAGAACCACAGCUGCUUGAAUCACAAGCCUCAUCACCGGCUGCUCUGGGUGUUGAAGAAAUCUCUCUUGAUGACACACUGGGAGAGCAGACUGUUGAUGAGACCAUGUGUGGUCUUGAGGCUGGAAAUGAUGCCACAGUCAAAGAGCAUGUUUUUUCCUCGAGUGAUCACUCUGACAUUGUGACCUUGAGAGACCUGAGUGAGGGCCAGCAUGGGGAGGAGGAGGCAGCCAGCUCUGAGGAGCUGUACCUCGGCACCUCCAGUAGCAGUCAUUAUACCUUCACUGCCACAGAGACAGGUUUGUUGUUGAGUUACUGGAAACUUCACCAAACUCUGGUGAACUUGAGCCGCCGCCUGAGAUGCCAGCUCCCUGCCUUUCCAGCACAGCAGCCAGCGCUGACAAACUCCAGCAGCAGUGAAGACGAAGAUGCACGAAGCUCCAGCCCCAUUUUACGAAAGCGAAGGGUUAGGAAGAACACCACGAGCAUUGUGACCGAUCCAGAGGAGGAGGAGGUGUUGCAAGACUCACUGUUUAGUGAGCCAGAGAAGAAGGAAGAGCUGCAGCAGCAGGCUGACUGGGUGGAGGUGAGACCUAAUGCUGCUCAUGACGACCGAGAGCAAGGCUUGGAUGGGAACAUCCUUAACAAAUGCAUCCUGCUCGCCCUCAUUAUCGCUGUCAGCAUGGGCUUCGGCCACUUCUAUGGAACGGUCCAGAUUCAGGAAAGACAGAAAACCAGUGGAAUUGAGCACAUGGAUGUGAGGGAUCUACUUAAGCAGCAUGAUGGAGAUUGGCAUUUAACACAGCAGGUCCAGAGAGAUUCCCUGGAAAAGGUUCUGAAACAGACCAUGGAGGAGAGGACGGACGUCGUGUCUCAGCAGCAGCGUCUAACAGUUGAAAACCUCCAGCUGAGAAGCUCUCUGGAGCGUGAGGAAAAAUCUCUGUCCGUUUUACAGGAGGAGUUGAAAAACUUGCACUCAAAGAUUCAAGAUCUGGAGGCUAAGGGAGUGGAUUCACUGCUGUCAGAAAACCAGAGGCUGAAAGAGCAGCUGGAGGAGGGGCAGUGGAUGAUCAGAGACUUUCAGGUUCAGAGGAAAGACAUGAUGGCAGAAGCUCAUAUGCUCAGGAUGAAGCUGGACAGAGAGAGGAAGGUCACGGAGGAGCUGAGGAACGAGCUGAGUGCUCUGAGGAGUCAUGUUUCUACAUCUAACAAGGAGAGCGGGUCAGAAGCAGAAGAUUGGGAGAAACGUCUGCUGGAGCUGCAGAAGAAGCUGAGUUUCGAGCAGCAGCGCUCCGACCUGUGGGAGAGGCUGUACGUGGAAACCAAAGAGGAGAAGGCCAAAGGAGACAGAGAAUCCAAAGUAAAAAGAACCAGACAGGGAAUGGCCGGGAAAAUGAAGGAGACGGUUGAUGCUGUGAAAAACUCCACCAAAGACUUCGUCCACCACCAUAAGGAGCAGAUUAAGAAAGCCAAAGAGGCUGUGAAAGAAAACCUGCGGAAGUUUUCUGAUUCGGUCAAAUCAACAUUCAAACACUUUAAGGAUUCAGCCUCAACCUUCAUCAACAAAGCACAGAGAUUUUAUAACAAGAAGCAUGACAAAGCAAACACUGAAGAGUCAUGGCAGCAUCCAGCCCAGAAACCCCACCACCGACACAAAACAUCCUCCUCCCACAACGACAACAACACACGGAAAUCAGCCGGGAAAGUUCUCCAGGACCAAGAGAGCAACCAGAGGAGAAGCAUGAAAGGAUGCAGCGGGGUCUUUGACUGCGCCUACCAGGAGUCCACCAGCCUCUUCAACAAAGCCACGGAGCCGAUCAGAGCCGACGAGUUCAACCUGCUGCUACAGAGCUACCUGCAGCAGGAAGUGGACCACUUCUACCACUGGAACGAGCUGGGAGCCUUCAUCAACGGCUUCUUUCAUAACGGACUCUUCAUCCACGACCGCAUGCUCUUCACAGACUUCGUAAGCAAGGUUGAAAGCUACCUGGCUGACAUCCAGGACUAUCAUGGCUUAGAUGACGACAUGUUCAGGGACUUGGACGACUACAUCUACAGGCACUUCUUUGGAGAAGGAUACACCAAGAGUUCUGGCCCGCGAGGGCCGUUUCCAAGGCCCGACACAGACUCAAAGGAAGACUGGAGAGCAAGGCAUCAGCAGAGGAAACAGCCGAGGGGCAGAUCUCGUCCUCACUGUUCUCGCAAGAUGAGCCGAUCAGGAAGAAACGCAGACAGACUCAUGGCUGAUGUGAAAAUUGAACUGGGCCCGAUGCCCUUUGACCCCAAAUACUAAAAGAAAAUCAUCAUGAAAGCUUUUUUUUUUUUUUUUGGCAAUUUUGCACAAUUCUUUUUUUCUUUUCAAGCUACUGAGCGUCCCAGCCCUGUUGUAUGUUUUAACAAUUUAAAGGUUUUAAUGGACGAUGCGGGACUUUCCUGCUUUAAGUUAACUCUUGGAUUGUUUCCAUGCCUAUUGAAAAAAUAUAAAAUAAAUGUAAUUUAAAUCAAUACUUGAGCUAAUCAUCCACCUGUUGCCAUGCUAAACUCAAUCCAAGAGGUUUAGCUUGUAGGUGUAUGAAGGUUUUCUUUGACCAGUUUGUGACGUGAGUGACUUUAGAGUUCAGCUGUUUUCUAACAUUCCACCUCGUGUCUCGUUUCAACUGGAGCCUUUGUUUUAUUUCAGCUUAAACAUCUCUUUAAAAAAAGACUGGAAUAUAACUUCUUAGUUAAACUGUAGAUGGAAAUAAAAUGUUAAAAAAGUAAAUAUUAAAUUUAAAAUAUUUAUUAUAGGAGCAAACCGUUACAUUGUCACAGAAUAUUUUCAUCAUUGGUGUUUGUUUCUGCUGCUUUGUCAGUGCCUUUCAUAAAUAAAUAUGUUUCCUCCAAGUCUUCCCUCUGGAA